UACAGGAAUAUGGUGGUAAAGAACAGAAGCCCAGUGAAUGGAUCCGCUGAUAAGGAAGCCAAGAGAGGAGCAUGGGCAGCUGAAGAAGAUCAGAGAUUGGCUCAAGUUGUUGAAAUCCAUGGCCCAAAGAAGUGGCAGUCCAUUGCAGCUAAAGCAGGUCUCAAUCGAUGUGGCAAGAGUUGCAGGUUGAGAUGGAUGAAUUACCUAAGACCCAACAUCAAGAGAGGCAAUAUCUCAGAUCAAGAAGAGGAUUUGAUACUUAGGCUUCAUAAACUCCUAGGGAACAGGUGGUCUUUGAUUGCUGGGAGGCUACCUGGUCGAACCGACAACGAGAUUAAGAACUACUGGAACUGUCAUUUGAGCAAAAAACUAGGGCAGAAGCAGAAGCAGAAGCAGAAGCAGAAGCCCACCACAAUAUCAGAAGGAGAAGGGUGUAAGUCACAGAAAGUGAAGGAUUCGCCUGGGUCUAAUUCCACGACGGAGAAGGAACAUGAAGAUGGAAGUGAAGAAGGCACCUCUAGUGGAGGUGAUGGGGAAUCAGGCAUUAGUUUUAAUGUGGAUGAACUGCUUGAUUUCUCUAGUGAGGAUCCUCCCAAUAUGGAGUGGGUAACCAAAUUCUUUGAAUCCGAUGAGGGUUUUUGUUGAUUUUCAUGAAUUUUCAAGUUUAAAUCAUUU